CGUCUCUCUUUACCAAUUGCAAAAGGCGCUAGACAGCAAAGAAGAGCAAUUAAGCAAACAUUCUCGCAUUGGCCUCGUGAGCGAUACGCCGGGGCGCCGGGCAACCCCCUCUUAUCAGCCACUAAUCCGGGCCCCGGCGAUUUCCUACGGCUCAGCUACCACCAAUUUGCCAGUCAGAAGUAUUCGAAUGUUACUGACCCCCUGGCCCUGACAGCAUGACAUAAUGAACCGCUCCUUUGUGUUCUUUUGUUUGUUCUUCUUUCCAAAGUGCCUGCCAUUCCAUCUCUCUUGCUUGAUUGUCAAGUGUGACAUGACAUAACGUUAUUGUUCUGCAACUGGAGUAAAUCCUACCCAGAAUCGCCUUCACUACAAUGGCCAUCAUAAGAGGAACUCCACAAAAGCUCAAGCAGGAACUUUACGGUUUCCAGAUUUUCUUCAUCACCUUGAGUGUUGUGAUCGGAAGUGGAAUCUUCGUCAACAAUGGCUCCGCUUUCGGCAUCUCAGGCCCUUUGGGCUUACUGGUUGCGACUCUGAUCAUGAGUGUCGUCGUUCUCUCAGUCAACGCGUGUGUCGCCGAAUUCUCGCAACGGUUUCCGAUUCAGAAUGCUAUUGUUGAAUACGUGCGAACCUUUGUCGACGAUGAUUUGGGCUGGGUGAUCGGUCUGGCUUAUUGGUAUGCUUAUGCAGCCUCGUUUGCCACUCAAAAUAGUAUGGCUGGGGCGCUGCUGGAGUAUUGGGGCUUGCCAACUAUAUGGCGAGCGCUGAUAUCCUACGCGUUGGCGCCUUUGGUCCUUCUUUUGUUAAAUUUGACUGGCGUCUUUUGGUACGGCAUAGUCGAAACAAUCGGCGGUCUUUUGAAACUUAUCAUGAUAGUCUCAAUCUCAAUCUAUCUUUACGUGGUGGCAGGGCAUGAAGGCGAAGUUUCCGAUGCCUACUCUCUAGGGUUUUAUGCGGACAUGGGGUUUAAUAACCCCGGACAUGCUGCUUGCUUUGCCAUCCCGAUUACUGCAUACGCAUUUCAGGGCAUCGAGCUGUACGCAAUGGCAGCAUUCGAGGCUCGCGACGCACACGCCAUCCGCUGGCCAUCAAGGUGGAUUACAUAUGUUGUGGUGGUUGUUUAUAUUAUGUGUACUGUGGGCGAGAUUCUUACUGUGAAAUGGAAUAAUCCUGAACUUCCACGCCUUCAUGAUGGGACGUCGGAGAGCAGAAAUAGUACCAGCCGCACCAACAGCAUGAUUAUACUUGCAGCCCUUGGACGCGAGCACAAGAGUGUUGCUGGCUUUUUGAACGGCUGCCUACUCUUCAGUGCGUUCUCUGCCGCCAACACUUCCCUCUAUGUGGCCUCGCGCACCUUGUAUGGGAUGGCGAGUUCUAUUCCUGGCAACCUCUGGAUUGCGAGGAAGCUCAGAACUCUCAGUCCUGGCACUCAAGUCCCUAUUGUUGCGUUGCUUGUCACGGCUUUCGCGUUUUGCUGGGUGCCUUUCUUGAAUAUCAACGAUGGAUUUGUAGUGCAAGUCGUGAGCACCUCAUCAAGCAACGCGAUCAUGAUAGUAUGGGCAGCGAUCUGCCUGGCCUUUCUUCGGUACUAUCACUGGAUAAAGACGCAUGACCGCGAACUUGAGCAAGCAGGUCGUCCUGAAUUUCGGCGAGAUGCGAAAGAACAACUCUCGGGCGGUUUGCUGCAUUCCUUGCAGCCCGUGCAGGCCUGGAUCGGGUUGAUCGGCUGUCUCGUGAUCUUUGCGUUUUCCAGCGCAACAUGGUGGGGUUCAUCGGCGACCGUGACUGAGGUAGCCAUGGCAUAUGGAGCACAUCUCGUUCUUUUCGUUUCCCUCGUCAUUCUCAAAGUCUGCCGUGGACGCAAGAGGUGGUUCAGGAAAACGCCUGUGGCCGACCAGCUGCUGAUGGACCUAAACAACUUACGCGUACGCAAGCUCAAUAAAAGGGAGCAGACCACCUGGGAGCGAUUCAAAGGGGUAUUGCGGCGUUUGCUGUCCCUGGGUGCCUCCUCCGCUCAGAGGGUGCCAGAGCUCCCGGAACUUCCCGACCAGCCUGUCUCACAGUAUAACCUCAUUUCUCCUCCCAAUGGGGUCGUCAAUCUGCAGGCUUCAGCUCCAGUAUCUCAUCCACGUGAAUCGUCUGAUACGUGAGGCUCUUGCUCAGGUAUUAUUUCUGAAUGGUUUGAUAUUAGGCUCAGAGACCAGUGGCUUAGUACGAGCUCUGGCGAUAGACCCUUCUUCGCACGACAGGUCAAUGUCAAGCUGGAUUAGGAACCAAGAAUUGUGGUGUAUUUUUGGGCCAUUUUGUACUACCAGCGCAUACAUGGUUUCUACACAUGUUGUUGAGUUGAGCUGAUGGAAUAUACAAGUCUCCUAAAUGACUUUGAAUUACUCAAUU